AUGUCUCGCGUCCCGGCUGCGAAGAGAAGGCGGCUGUCUCCGCCCGAACACGGCGAGCAUGCCAGCGGCGCGGCCGAAGACCACCAGGCAAGCUUCGUGAAGAACGCCGCGAAAUGGCAUCUCGAACAAGACUACGAAACGCGACCGCGCAGACUGAAGAAGCAGAGGGAGAACAAGAAGCUGCCCGUCAGGACAACCGAGGGAUGGGUAGCGGCGCCGCCCAAUGCGCAGGAUAUCAAAGAGGAAGAAUCCGACAGCUUUCUCGCCUCUGGCAGCGACGACGGGGCGCUCGAGGCGUCGCAUCUACAAGACGUGGACGAGGAGAAGCCCAAGAUACCAGCGCGACAACAGAUACUCGACGCCAAGGAAGAGCUUGCGCGCAUAGCAGGUCUGGUCAACGAGGACCCCGAGGAGCACGUUGGAGCGCUCAAGGCACUGCAAGCCCUCGCCGACUCGGACAACACUACCGUCAAGAAGCUGGCGUUGGCGACACAAGUCUCCAUCUUCAAGGACAUUAUCCCCGGAUACAGGAUUCGGCCGUUGUCGGAAGAGAAGAUGCAAGAGAAGAUCUCAAAGGAAGUCAAGAAGUUGCGGCAGUUCGAGCAGAAGCUGGUAUCCAGCUACGAGGCAUAUGUAAAGCACCUCGCGAGGCUAGCAAAGUCGAGCGGAUCGGACAAAGAGCACAUGGCUGGUCUGGCAACAGUCGCUGUCAGCUGCGCAUGCAACCUGCUCAACUCGGUGCCGCAUUUCAACUUCCGUGGAGAGCUGUUGAAGAUUCUCGUUGGCAAACUUAGCACGAGGAGGGUGGAUGCCGACUUUGUACGAUGCAGGGAGGCCAUGGAAACCCUGUUUGAGAACGAUGAGGAUGGCAACGCUGCGCUGGAAGCCGUCACCAUGUUGACAAAGAUGAUGAAGAGCCGGAACUACCACUUCGACGAAAGCGUGCUGAACACGUUUCUGCACCUGCGGCUACUGUCAGAGUUUGCGCAGAAGGCCUCAUAUCAUUCCGUCGACAAGGCGGAAGACCCAAUGGUCAAUGGCAAGAAGAUGAAGCAGAAGCGCGAGUUCAGGACAAAGAGGUUACGAAAGGAGCUCAAGGAGAGGAAAGCGAUCGAGAAGGAGUUCAAGGAGGCGGAUGCAGCUGUCAGUCACGAGGAGCGUGACAGGAUGCAGGCUGAGACGCUCAAGAUGGUGUUUGUGGCAUACUUCCGAAUCCUAAAGGCUCGCUCGCCCAAACUCAUGGGUGCGGUGUUGGAAGGUCUGGCACGAUACGCACACCUGAUCAACCAAGAUUUCUUUGGAGAUAUCCUGGAAGCUCUUCGAGACAUCAUCGCCACCGCCGAGCUUACGGCCGCUGCCGCAGUUGAAGACGACGAAGACGCAUCGGAUGAAGAUGACGAUAACGAAGCACCCGAGCGCAACCUUACGCGCGAGUCUCUCCUUUGCGUCAUUACAGCCUUUGCACUACUCGAAGGCCAAGACGGAGCGAAAACAGCGUCAGUCUUGAAACUCGACCUCAGCUAUUUCAUCACCCAUCUCUACCGCACACUACAUCCUGUCGCAUUGAACCCAGACAUCGAACUCAGCUCCAAGUCUCUCCAUCUUCCCGACCCCAACGCUGCGACAUCACAUGCCGACACCGCAAAAAUCAACGUACAAACCACCAUCGUCCUACUUAUCCGCUCCCUCUCCUCCGUCCUCCUACCCGCCACCUCAAUUCGCGCCGUUCCGCCCCUCCGCGUUGCAGCUUUCGCCAAACAACUGAUGUCCAUAUCCAUGCAUCUCCCCGAGAAGUCUUGUACCGCUAUGCUUGGGCUAAUAAAUCGUGUCACCAAGACGCAUGGCAAAAAAGUAGCGCCUCUAUGGAAUACAGAGGAGAGACGGGGCGAUGGAGUGUUUGAUGCACUGAAACCUGAGAUUGAGGGUAGUAAUCCUUUCGCAGGGACCGUUUGGGAGGGAGAGAUUCUGAGAAGACACUUUGCGCCUAGUGUGAGGGAGGCGGUGAGUGGUCUGGAGAGGAAUAUUUUGGAGGCUAGUAGAUAG